CCCUUUUUCAGGCGUCCAAUCCCAAUCGUCAGAGCGCUUCUGUUCAUCUUCAUCCUCGUUUCUGCUCCGGUCGCGUGUUGCAGUGGCGCCGCUUGCCCCCGCCUACCAGGCUACCACCGGCGGCCUGCCCUCGUCCUCGGCGACCUCCCGGCCGCCGCGUCCUAUCCCGCUGCCCCCUCCACGUUGACCCGGCGUCGUCGGGCCAUCCCCGUGCAUUCCGCGCCCUUUCCUGGCCAAAACGCCGUCGACCUCCGCCGGCGGCCCGGCCACUCGCCCCGCGCCAGCCUCCUUCGUAUGUUGCUGCUCCUCCCCUGAGAAGAAGCCAACAAGCAGUAGCGUAGAGCAGCAUCCAUGGACAGAGAGGAGGUAGGGAGGAGGGGGAUCCCUUCUCUCCUGAAGCCAUCUUCUUCUUCCAGCGAUGGUGGUGCUGGGCGGGAGGAGCACAUUGCCUCUGACAUCACGCAACUCAUAGGAUGGACGCCGCUGAUCGAACUGAAGCGAAUCGCCAGCAAGGAUGGAGUAGAUGCGCGGAUCGUCGGCAAGAUGGAGGCGUACCAGCCACUCUGCUCCGUCAAGGACCGAUGUGCUUUGAGAAUGAUAGAAGAUGCAGAGGAGAAAGGGCUGAUUUCACCUGGUGUCACAACAUUAAUCGAGCCAACAAGUGGUAACAUGGGGUUAGGAUUGGUUCUCAUUGCUAUUCAUAAAGGUUACAGGUUUAUAGCUGUUAUGCCGGCUCAAUAUUCGCUUGAUAAACAGAUCCUUUUGAGAUACAUGGGUGCUGAGCUUUAUUUAACCGAUCCCACCCUCGGCUUUCCAGGCAUGUACAACAAGGUUGAACAGCUCCAAAAAGAAUUGCCCAAUGUACAUGUUCUCAAUCAAGCUACCAAUAAAGCAAAUUCUGAAGCACACUUUAGAUUGACUGGACCUGAGAUUUGGAAGGACACAGCCGGCAAAGUGGACAUAUUUGUGGCUGCUUCAGGCACAGGAGGUACUGUAUCCGGUGUCGGGAAGUAUCUGAAAAUGCAAAACCGAGGCAUCAAAAUUGUUUGUGUUGAGCCUGCAGAGAGCCCAGUCAUUUCAGGUGGUGCACCUGGCAAGCACAAAAUCCAGGGAGCAGGACCAGGAUUUCUACCUGAUGUCCUGGACACCUCAGUCAUCGAUGAGACUGUCACGGUGACCACUGAGGAGGCGAUGGCGAACGCGAGGAGGCUAGCGAAGGAGGAGGGUCUGCUUGUGGGCAUUUCUUCAGGAGCAAACUUGGCAGCUUGCUUGAAGGUCGCAUCGAGAGAGGAGAACAAGGGGAAGAUGAUCGUUACCGUGUUCCCUAGCGGUGGCGAGAGAUACAUGAACUCCGAUCUGUUUGCAGAUGUCAGAGAGGAGUGCACUGCCAUGACAUUUUGAUUCCUUUUCUUUUCUUUAUCUCAUUUUGAUCUCAUCAGUUUAUCAGAACAGUUCUAUCUUCGGUGUAAAAGGUUUAAGUAGACCACGUGUUGCUGAUAGCACAAUGUAUUGCAGACGCAGAUUAUGUGGCACACAGUUAAGCGGGCAUGUUACUACUACUGAACAUUUCAUCUUCAGUUUGCUCCA